AUGGCUGAUCGCUCAGCCAAGCGCUUACGGCGGCUCAGCACCGAUUACGACGAGUCCGAUGGAGCAGGCGAUUGGAGAGACACAGGCGCUCACAGCACUGCGACCAGUGCUCCUGCCCCCACGGCCUCUUCAUCUCGCCCUAGGCGCAAUACCGUCAACAAGGCCCCGCCUGCCGCCGUCAUUCAGCGUUCGUCCCCCGAAGAGUCGCGCCAGUCCUUGAAUCUCACAGUCAAAGCAUCUCCAGGCAAACUCCGCGAAGCCACCGGUGGCAGGACAUCCACAGCCGUCAGCUCCCGCAACAUUGUCGCGGGAAAGCGCGCACGCAACAGCAGGGUAGUACGUGAGGUCGACAGCGACGACGAGGAGGAAGAUGAGGCCGAGGCUGAAGAGGUGGACGCUAUGGAUGUAGAUGACGAGGAGGACGCUGAAGGCGAGGACGACGAGGAUAUGGACGCCGAGGGAGAAGAGGACGACGACGCGGAAGUGACUCCGGCUCCACGAAUCGUUGUACCAAGCAACAAGAGUGUGCCUGUGAAGCAGAAGAUCGCCCAGGACUCCGUGGAAGCCAAGGAAAUGGCUCUUGAUGAUGAUGACGACGAAGAGCUUUCGGAACUGGACUCGGAACUGGAGGGAGAUGACGAGGACGCCGAAGGCGAAGACGAUGAUGCGGACGGGGAGGAAGACGAUGAGAUUGCCGUACCCAAUGACGAUGAGGAGGAGAUGGACAGUGACGAGGAUCUAAGCCGAGAUCAAACGCCGGAUUUGAGCAAGAUGACUCGACGACAGCAAGCCAUGGUUGUGCAAGGCGCUGACGAGUCACUCAUGGCCUUGUCGAAUGAAGCCCAAAAAAAGAAGCAUUUGACGGCAGAAGAAAUCACGUCACGAAGGGCGGAAAUGGCUCGUCGACGCAAGAACCUCAGCGAGAAGCGCAAUGAGGAGGAGAAGGCGGACACCAUCAACCGUCUUCUUAAGAAACAACCACCGAAACGUGGGCGGAAAUCAAUGCUUGCAGAAAACAACGAGGAUGGCCAGGAAGAGGAGGAUAAAAGAGCAGAGAAGGCAAAUCCCAUCUUCGUGCGCUACAAGCAGACCGCCCAGGGCACCAUGCUUGCCAUACCCGAAGAGUGGUUACAGGCCCCUGCGGGCAGUCUUUUCAGUGGUACGGUCGCCAAACCCAUAUCGAAACCAUGGAGUGGUCGCAUGGUUGAAGAGGUGUCGUGA